AUGGCCCUUCCCUUCUUGCCAUUUCACGAGAUCGCACUGAUGUUCGUUCGACUGAGUGUACAGACCCAAGCACAGCCCAUUAUGGAUCUCGUCGACUACAUGAAACGCCAGUGGAUCGAGAACCCCGUCUUUACACCAAAGGACUGGAGCGUCUACAAACAACCAAUUCGUACCAACAACGACAUAGAAGGUUGGCAUAACGCCCUAAAUCGCAGAGCUGGUGGGCAAUGCAACCUGCCUUUAUAUUAUCUGAUUGAGCUACUAGACAGGGAGGCGAAACUCACAGCUCUCACCAUUAGGCUGGUCUCCGAGAGGAAAUUGAAGCGCAUGCAGCGUAAAACUUACAGACAUCUACAAGCCAAGUUGUUUGAAUACUGGGAGCAGUAUGACAACCGGCAGAAGACCCCCUCGCAGCUCCUCAAGGUCUGUUCACAUCUGAACGGCCCAGCACGUUAA